AUGUCACAACAGCCUUUAUCCUCAUCGGUGCAACCGACAGACAUCUACGGCGGAGAUGAGGUCUCGGCGAUCGUGCUUGAUCCCGGCUACUGCACCACGCGCGCGGGCUAUGCGGGGGAGGAGAUACCCAAGCAGCUCCUCCCGUCCUUUUACGGCCACGUAGACGGACGCGAUCUGUUCGGCGACGAGGUUAUCAUCCCGCGCGCCGGCUUCGAAGUGCGCAACUACAUGAACCGCGACAGCGUCGUCGAGGACUGGGAUGCCGCCACCAAGCUAUGGGAGUACAUGCUUGUCCAGCGCCUGCAGCCGCCGCGGCCCACUCCUCCCAGCAAGAACCGUCUUAACGAUAACGGCGACGGUGACGGCGACGUGGCCAUGGAGGAUAGCGGCGCCGCCGAAAACGCCGCCGACGCGCUCGAGAGGCCACUCGCCGAGAACCCGCUGCUGGUGACCGAGGCGCCGUGGAACGCGGCCAAGGCCCGCGAAAAAGCGAUCGAGGUGUGCAUGGAAAGCUGGGGGUGCCCUGCCUUUUGGCUUAGCAAGACGCCCGUUAUGGCCGCCUUUGCUGCCGGCAAGGCCACGGCUCUCGUGCUAGAUGUGGGCGGCGCCAACACAAGCGUCACGGCGGUUCAUGAUGGGAUGGUUCUUAAGCGCUCCGUCCAGCGAUCGCCGGCGGCCGGCUGUUGGCUGAGCAACCAGAUCCGGUCGAUGUUGAAGAACAGCGACCCCAAGGUUGAGAUUGUGCCCACGUUUAUGGUGGAAAACAAGAAGCCCGUCGAGGCCGGGGCGCCGGCGGAUGCUAGGCUCCGCACCUUCUCGUUCCCCAUAUCCGACUCAUUCCGCGCCUUUGAGGAGGAGCGCGUCCUUACCGAGUUCAAGGAGUCUGUCGUGGAAGUGUGGCGCGGGCCAGGCCGCUAUCUCGCCCCCGGCAACGAAGACUAUGCCAGGAGUCAGCCUGGCCGCGUCUUUGAGAUGCCCGAUGGGAGCAACCAGAUGUGGCGCGAGCAGCGGUACCGCGUGGUUGAGGGGUUGUGGGACGAAUCGGCGGCUUAUCCCCCGGUUGCGGGCUCGAGCGACGAGCCGGCUUUGACCAAGGCGCAGACGAUCCCUGCUCUGAUCAAGGCGGCACUGGACGGAGUUGACGUCGAUUUGCGGCCGGCCUUGCUGGGCAAUGUUGUCGUCACAGGAAGCACGAGCCUGUUGAACGGGUUCAAUGACCGUCUCAACCUCGAGCUUACCGCCAUGUACCCCGGCGUCAAGAUCAAGAUCAAUGCCGCUGGUCUCACGAGCGAACGGAGGUUCGGCUCCUGGAUCGGAGGGAGCAUCCUUGCCAGCCUAGGGACCUUCCACCAGAUGUGGAUUUCAAGGAAGGAAUACGAAGAGAAUGGAGCGGGUAUCGUUGAAAAGCGCUGCAAGUAG